UGAGAAAAGCCAGUGUCUGCAGUACAUCAUUUCAAUUCGAAGAAGUUUCAGAGUGAUCGACACUAGGAAUCAAUCAGUUCUUCUUCUGUGAAACAUUUGUGGUGGAAAACUGUAAGGAGAUAGAUUUUUAUUUGAUCAGAUCAUUUCAUCAAUGGAUUUAGGGAAAAUAACUUGUGGGUGUGGGAAUAAAAAGUUUGAGGAAUCUAAUGGUUUCUAUUACUGCGAAGAGUGUGGUGAACAAGUUCAAGGCAUGCAAGAAACUGGCAUGGGAGAUGAAGCAGAUGUUUACAAUGGAACGUAUUCACAAUAUCAUCGUCGUCGUGCCGCCGUCGUUGAACCGGAGCCUCAAACCCAGCAAUCUGAGUUUUGGACACAACUAACUCAACCAGAUAAGCCGCAGCAACCCAAGUAUGAGGAUGUGGAAAUGAAACCCUAUGUGCCUGCUGAUUUUGGUAGUGGUAUUAGUAGUGAGAUUUCGUCGGAGGAUUAUGCGAAUGAGCUCAGGACUACGUAUGUGAUGGGGAUUGAACUCAUGAUUGAAUAUCAGUGUCAGGCUCUGGUUGAAGAGUUUGGCGUUAGCCCUUUGAUUUGUGGCCUGACCGGUGUUCUUUUGCUUCGGUUUGUUGCUGCAUCUCAGGUGUUCGAUGAAAAGUGGGCGAGUCAGAUAGCUGAGGAUUCAGAGAUGCAGAUUGAAGAGUAUGUCAAAGUUAGUCGGCCGCAUAGUGAGGUGAAAAAUGAACCUCGUAAUUUAGCUGGAAAAAGAUUACUAAUUAUUUGGUUGAAAUCGUUGAGACAGAAGUUUCCGCUAUCUUUAUCGUUAUCGAUUUGUUAUCUGGCUUGUCAUAUCGCCAGGGAGCCAAUCUUGCCAACUGAUAUAGUGAAGUGGGCGCACGAUGGAAAGCUUCCUUUUCUGAAUGCUUUUGACAGGAUUGGCAAAGUGUUUGGAAAUCCAUCAGCAAAAUGCCCGUUAAGUACUGAUACCAUGUUUAGGCCUUUUAAGAUUAUUGGUUGGAGAGAGUUAGAGUCACAAGCAGGAUAUAUUGCUGAGUGCAUUGGUUUGGAACUUCCUCCUGUGAAUUUCAGUGCUUUAGCUCGUCGUUAUCUUAAGCAGCUCCAACUUCCUCAGGAAGAGAUUCUUCAGAAGGCGUCUAUGAUUCAAGAUUGGUCAAUGCCUCCUGAUUUAUGGCUGUCAUCUAGUAGUGAUAGGAUACCGUCUCGGGUUUGUGUUAUGUCAAUUAUAAUGGUAGCUAUAAGGAUUAUGUACAAUAUAAACGGUUAUGGAAAGUGGGAAAAGAAAUAUUGCAGUACUCCUAUAUCGCCUCGAAAGAGAAAGCAAAGGGGUAAAGUUGGCACUGAGACAAAAAAGAAAACAGUUCGGGGUUCAUCUUAUUUUCUCAACUGUAAGUUGGAUGCUGCAGAACUUCUUGGAGGUCUUGAAGUGACGUAUGAGAAAAUUCGCGGAGUGCAGGAAACUUCAGUAAACUUACCAUCAUAUCUCAAAUUGUGCAAGGAAACAGUCUUUGGAGCCCCAUCAGAUAAUAAAGAGAAGAUUAUAGUCGAUAACUUAUGGAAACCUUUCGAGAAAGGCUGCACCAGUAACAGCGCCGCAGGAGAACCAAUGCCUACUCAGGAUGAUGUUUCUGUAGAGUCCGUUAAAAAUAGAUCCUUAAAUUGGCUGAAAUCGAACAUGAAGGAAAAUGGGUUCCAUUACAUUCCUCCAAGACAUCUUGGUAAAGUCAAAAAUGUUAAUUAUCUGCACUAUGAGACGAAGAAGGCCAGCGGGGGGACAAGAGUUUUUGCAGCUCAUGCAGACUACUAUAUACUCCUUCGAGUUUGUGCUCUUGUUGCUGAAGCUGAUAUUCAGUAUAUGUACAAGGCUACAUCGAAGUUCGAGAAGCGGCUUGCGUGGUUAGAGAAAAAUAUUGAUCGAACAUUGAAACCUUCUUCUGUGCCUAAUCUAGGUGUAUUAUCACCAGAAGAUAAUGACGAGGCCCUUGAGCUAUGUGCUUAGAUUAAGUGACAUGGGCUAUGUUUUUAUCGGAUAAUUCAUUAGUUCAUAUGUGUGUUAUUAGUGAUGGAUUAUGAAUGAAGUCAUAAUUUUUUAACAGUGAAUGUGCAGACUAGUGAUAUAUUGUGUAUGUUUUUUUUCUAAUGAUAGUGUAUGCAGAGAUGGUCAUGGGAGUCCAUUCUUUUUGGCUGUUCAGGAAAUGGACCCCUCUAGGCCCUAGCAUGCUUACAUGUGUUUUACACUUGUACCAAAAGGAAGCUCUUUAUUGGAUGUCGAAAUCAGAGAAGGGAAUGGAUGUUGAGAAAGCUGCAAAAACUCUAUAUCAUUGCUGGAGGUGGACUUUAUAACUCAUAAGAGGGCUUCUGAAGUCUGUGUUUAUGUUUUCUCUGGGGAUGCUGCCCACUCGGUUUCCUAGUGCAACACAAACGACCGGAGGAAUUUUAGCUGAUGCAACUGAUCUUGGGAAGACUGUUAUGACAAUUGGUCUGAUACUGGCAUGAUGAGGCAGGGCAACCCCACUAUAACCAAGAAAUAGUCAAGCAUGAUGCUGACCAAGUAGGAGGAGUAAAGCUCAGGAGCAACAUCUUCCACACAAAACUUCAAGCAUGGAACUCUUACUGUUUGUUCAAUGGCUUUGCUAGGCCAAUGGAAGCUUACAGAAAAUGAUUGGUGAAUCACAGGAUGAAAUUGAAAUCCAUUCUCAGCCAGGAAUGCUUCGGUUAUAUGUGCAAUAUGGUGUUGACAGAACUACUCAUCCAACUGCAUUAGCACAGCAUGAUGUGGUUUUAACGACAUAUGGUGUCUUAGCUGCAGCUUGUAAAUCUGAUGGGGACCCCGUACUGGUAUAGAGUGGUACUAGAUGAAGCGCAUACAAUCAUAUCCUCAAGGACUCAAGAGGCUUGGGCAACAUUUUCAUUAUCCUCUUAUUGCCGGUGGUGUCUUACUGAUACACCUCUUCAGAUACAAUGGAAUUGUAGGACUAAAUAUCAUUUCAAGUGAGGAAACGGCGCAUGAUAGCAGGUGCCCUUGUUGAUGAGGAAGUUCGAUCUGCUAGGAUUGAAGAGCUUAAGAUGCUUUUUAGAUGAUUUUAGUUCUACACUACCAAACAAAAUGUGUCUGUCUCCAUCUAAUUCCAUAUGUAAAGUCUAGAUCUACAUUGUGUUUCUGUUUUGUGCAGGGUUAUAUGUCUCUUUUAUUAUUUUCAUAUAGUUGGUCACCAUAGACUAAAGAAAAUGUCAAACUCUCUUUUUGCAUUAGAAAUUUAGAAUCUCUCUCUCUUUUGAUUUGUUUA